AUGGACUCGCACAAAGACGUCGAAGAUGGAGAGGCUUGUGACCAAAGGGAAGCACAGAACAUCUCCCACCACCAAGAGGAUUCUCCGAGAAACCAGCCCGAUGGUCCGCGACCCUUCCCUGCCGUGCAGGUAGUUGCCUCGACGGAGCAUCGUUCAAGAGGCGGAGACACACACAGCGCCUCGCCAGAACCACAUGACCAUGGUCCUCAAGAAAAGGAAUAUGCCUUGGACAAGCCUCACGCUCGUUCCUUCUACCGUGGUGUUCAAUGGACAGCAGAUGGCACUGCGGUUGUCGCUUCGACUUCAGAUCAUAGAAUCUCCGUUCAUGUCCUACCUGAAGAUCUCCUCGCUCCCAAAGACCAACCCUUCCACCUGGAACCCGAUUCCCAGCUUCGCUUCUCGGAGCCUUCAUACGCCUUCGCCGUCUCACCCUACUUCUCACUUUCCGAACCUCUUUCCCAGACCGUCCUCGUCUCCUGUAAAGAUCAUCCCAUCCAGCUUCACCACCUGUUCCCCGACCCACCCGCCAGCGCCUCAAGCUCAACCUCAACCUCGCCCUACAAGCUCAUCCGCCGCGAGACAGAGGCAUACAUCUCGGCUGAAUCACUCCUCUGGACCUGGCCCGGCACCCACUUCCUCGUCGGCUCCGUCAACCGCCUCGACUACUUCGACAUCACACGCACCGGGUCGGAUGGUCCCGCCCUCACCAUCCCCACCAUCCCUUCCAAGAGACACCUCUCCAAGGGCGGCGGCGUCGGAAUGAAAGGCAUGGUCUCCGCCCUCGCCAGCCAGAGCCCCGCCGUGUCCGAUGCCCCGCUCGUCGCCGCGGGGACCUGGACCCGCUGGCUCGGCCUGUACGACCCGGCCCGCUCCAACAAGGCCGUGGCCAACUGGUCGAUCCGGGGCGUGGUCGAGGCCGAGUUUGGCCACCGGGACGACGACGGCGGCGGCGUGGUGCAGACUCUUUGGAGCCCCUGCGGCCGCUACCUGGCCGUCAACGAGCGGCAGGCCAGCGGGAUCCUGGUCUACGACGUGCGCGGCACCGGUCGACCCGUGAACCUUCUCAUCGGCCGCGACGCGUCCACGCAGCAACGCCUCAGUUGUGAUGUUUUCGCCGGCAGCGCCGCCACGUCUGACGACGGGGGGUUCGAGUUGUGGGCCGGGUCCAAGGACGGGAGGGUUCUGGUGUGGGAAGGCGUCGGCGCCCGCUCCGGCACCCUCGACGAGUCUUGGGACUUCCGCGCUCAUCAGUCUCCCGUCGGCGGGACGAUGCUUCAUCCGGGGGGUUCGGUCGUGGCCACCUGUUCAGGCGCGUGGACGACGACUUCGGACGACGAGCUGGUCGCACAAGCCGGGACGAGCAACGACGUCGGCAUGCCGAAAUUGGCGUCGCCUCGUCUCACUGACGACUGUAACCUGAAGAUUUGGGCCCUGGGCAUGGACGAUGACGCAUUGGAUGAUGCCGAGAAAGCACCUGAAGGGUGA